CAGGACGCGUUCGGCAAAGAGUCAGCCGCGGUGUCCUGCACUUUUGUGAGAAACUAAUCUUCAGUCGCGCUCGUGUCGAGUUUUGUUUGUGUUGGGGCAUCUCGGACGGGAGAUAAGGGAGGUGCCACGUUGCCCUGAGCUGACACUUAAUGCAAGGAGAUUUCCAAUUAGUGUAAAUGCUUUGGAGGCUUGUGAGUGUAAGUAAAGAUGCAACCUCCUCCUCGGACAACUCCCCUUGGAGCUAGUGGACCUCCGCCUGCCUCCGGUGGUUCCAAUGCCUUCAGAAGAAACAGACCCUACAAGCAUGGCGCUGCAGCUGCUAUGACAACUGCUGCCCCACCCACCCAGCCAGUGGCUGAUCCAUUUGCCUUUGGCAGACAAGGUCUUUCUCCUUUGGCUGUGGGCAGUCAAGCUCCCCCCACAAACAGCAACCCACUUCCUAUGCAAGCCCCUCCAAUGACAGGGUUCAACCCGAAUGCUCGACCACAAGGGCCACCACCAGGAGCACAGACUGCCUCACCUGGCCCCCCACCAAGAAUUUUUACACCACAACCUGUUCCUCCAGGGCCUGGGCCAGGGCCAGGCUCCAACCCUCCUCCUGCAGAGCCAGGAUACUUUAAUUCUCAAGAACAUAUGCCCUAUAUUGCACAGUUGCCUAAUCCAGCCCCUACUUUAAGUUCUAACACAUCCCAUCCUCCUUCCACAGCCCCAACACCCCCAGUUCAAACUCCAAUGCCUUUUCAGUCCCACCCAACACCCCCAGUCCAAUCUCACUGGGUACCUGAUUACGGAAGCCGCCCACCUUCCGUUCAGAACUACUUUCAGCCAACCAGUGAUCUACCACCUCAGCAUUUCCAUUCUCAAGCCCCUCCCCUUGUGCCCUCUCCCCACACAGCCCCUCCCUUGACACAGCCCCCUCGGAAUCAAGGUCUGCCAGCUCCACCAAAUGUGACUGGGUUCACUGCAACUCCGCAACAGAACUCCCACUUCUCAGCCCAGAAUUAUUUCAGUCAAUCAGGUGGACCCUCAGAUCCAUGGUUCAGUCAGAACCCGCCACUGCGUGCCUGCCCUGUUCCCUACUCAGAAGCACCUAGUGACCCUGGAAUGCUUUCAGUAUUCUUUCGGGGUAAUGAUGUAGAAAAUAAGGAGACACUUUCAGGGGAGGGGCGUGUAAAUGGGGUUUCUCACAACUCCCACUUAAUGGCUGAGUUGUCUCCUCCGUAUUUGAAUGACAGUGGUAACAUUCGAGCUGGUGCAGGGCCAUGCGAUUCGGUGGAGAAUCUAGAAUGUGUUCCAAACCAGGAAGUGCUGCCUAGUGAACAACCACCAAGCCAUGCCUUCAUGACGGUCCCUAACUUGGAGACACCUGACUCUACUCCUCGUCUUGCCCGCUCAGCAAGUGUCUCAUCAAGCUAUAGUAAUGUCAGUCACAGCAGCGAACACGUUCCUCUCAGCGGCGGACACGGUCCUCUCAGCGGCGGACACGGUCCUCACAGUGUCACUUGCCGACAACAAAGUGUAGUGGAAACAUUUAUCCAACAGGAGAGCCCUCACCCACCAGAUCACCCUCCUUUGCACCCCUCCACUGGUGGGUACUUUGAACAAGUAGACUCCAACACAGCUGCAGAGGCAAGUCCAACCUUCCUCACUCCUAGUCCUCCUAAGCCAGUUGGUGUGUUCCAGGCAAGUGCAAAUUCUUCCUUUGAGCCUGUCCGCUCACAUAAUGUAGGUGUUCGGCCUGCAGAGAUUGAUCGUGCACGUAUGGUCAUGGAGAAGUGUGGACGUGACGUACAACCUGGCAACCUAGAACAGCCCCCAGACAACUUGGAGACCAUUUACCUAGCAGAACGCCGACCCUCAUCUCGAGCUCAGGGUGCACGACGCCCCAGUGAGAGCCCUGCUACUACACUAUGGGCUCAAAAUGACACUUCUAGUCUAGGUGCAAACAUCCUGUUAGCCCCUGCAGCACCCUCUCUGGCUGCAACAUUUGUUCCAACACAUCCAGCUGAAGUCAUCCAGCCACCGGAGGAUGGGCCCCUUGAUUUACAUCCACCUAAGCCCCACCCACAACUUCCCUCUGAAAACCUGGAGAACCCGCCGGACUCCAACCCUCAGGCAGGUUUAGGAUAUGCCUCCUUGCUAGUAGCUACACCUCCCGUAGAGGCCCUGAACCAGCCUGUGGUGAUUGCUCCACCUUCCUCUAAUUACAAUUUGAAUUCCUCUCAAAAUCCCACACAACCAUCCAAUCAAAAAUGUCUUCAAGAGGCAGCCACACCUAUUCACCCACCCUCUCAGCCAUCUAUGACCAAUCAAAUGGCUCAGAUUUCAACCAGUCAGCCUCAGCCUCUUUUCUCUCAUACACCAGAAAACUUAAAUCCUUCUUACACCCAAGGUGUCUUGAAUCUAACACGAGACACCAAAGAUACUCCACCAUCUGUUCAAGCAACCCACCCUGCUCUCUCAAGGGUGCAGUCUCAUAGCCUAUCUUUUCUGCCUUCUGUUUCCCAAGCUCCGCCUUCUGUUUCCCAAGCUCCACCUUCUGCCGCUGCCACCAAUCACAAUCAGGCUUCAAAUUAUGAACUGCUUGAUUUUUCUAUGCAUCAACCACUGUCUGCAAAUCAGGUCUCAGGCCCGGCUAUUUCUCCAUCAUCUCAUCCUUCAGCCUCGGUGAAUAACACACCUGGCUUUUACCUACAGGUCACCAAAGAUGCGCAGCUGGGAGGGCAGCCUGACAGCGAGGCUAAGCUCCUUCAGCAGACCUCUUACCCCCCUCGACCCUCCAGUAACCCACCCGACAACGACCUUACUCGCCCCUCCCACCCAGCCCAUCCACCUCCUGCUCAGUACCAGCCUCCUAUACAGGCCCCUCCCACUCAUCCUGGAGCCCCUCCCACUGGGCCUGGAUCUGUUCCACCAUCUUAUCCACCCCAGUCAGUGAACAUCGCUCCUCAAGAACCUCAAAGACCUCCUUCAGCCCUAGGUGGUCAGCCCGGUUAUGGCACUACUCCUGCGAUGCCCCUUGGUCCAGGCUAUCCAGGGUACUACCCAGGGACCUACCCAGAGUGGACCCAGGAUGGAAGACUGCCAUACCCACCCCAGUACCCAAUGGGCCCAAGAACUCAGAGCCACUAUCAGAAUGAUCCCUACCGUAGAACAGAUCCUCGAUAUGGCUGGUAUGAUGGUCAAAAUUCCAAUUUCCCAGAGGGUGAACGUCAACAAGAGAGGCCGAGUUCUAGGCCUAGUUCUAGAACCAGUCAAUAUUCUGACAGACCUAACUCCAGGCAGGGGUAUCCAGAAGACGCUUCUAGAUUCAGCCGUAGUGCCUAUGAUGAGUACUAUGCAAACUGGUAUAAGACAUACUAUGAUGCCUAUGGAGAUAGGAGCUGGUGGUAUGAUCCAAAUGCUGCAUAUGACCCACGCUACUAUAGCUGGCCAUAUGGGUAUGACCCUGAUGCUGGCAGAAGAAGAGAAGUGUAUGACAACCCCCAAUAUCCAAGCAGGGGAAGAGAGGUAUACAAUGACCAAUGGCAGUACCACCCUGGUUGCGACAAAAGCUUUGAUGAUGAUGGCUGUUGGCGUGACCCAUACGCAGAUGAUACAGACCGGCGUUCAGUACACAGUGAGCGUUCAGUGCACAGUGUGCAUUCCUCACACAGUCGCCGGAGUAGCUUCAGUUCUCGGUCACAACAGAGUCAGCCAGAUCUUGUUAACACUGCCUAUGGUGUUACUGGGACCACUCUCUACAGCCAGUAUCCCGACCAUUCAGAAGCCACAACAUAUAGUCAGAUUCCUCAUACUGAGGACAACACCUGGACGGCCCCAGAGCAGCCUCCACCAAGGCCAUUGACCCCUGAGAAGUUCUCUAUUCCUCAUCUCUGUGCUCGGUUUGGUCCAGCUGGUCAGCUGAUCCUUGUCCAGCCCAACCUGCCAGCUGCUGGUCAACCCACACUCGUGGAAAUCCACAGCAUGGAGACGAUUCUUCAGGAUUCUCCAGAGCAGUCUGAAUUGCGUUCCUUCCCCGGUCCACUCGUCAAGGAGGAGACCCAUAAGGUGGACGUUAUAAAGUUUGCUCAGAACAAAGCCCAAGAGUGUUUGCGAAAUGAUGGCCUCAUCGACAAAGACUCCGCCUACCUCAUCUGGGAGUUCAUUGUGUUGCUAUGUCGCCAGAAUGGGACUGUAGUGGGCACAGACAUCGCUGACUUGUUGCUAAAGGAGCAUCGCUCUGUCUGGUUUCCGGGGAAAUCUCCUAAUGAGGCAAAUCUCAUUGACUUCAACAAUGAUGCAAUAGAGCGCUCUGAGGAAGAGGAGGCGGGGCCAAUCUCCCUCCUAUCAGACACUUUUAUGGGCGUGCCCGAGAAUGUCGGCAAGGAGACCGAGCGCUUCAGAGAACUACUACUGUUUGGACGCAAAAAGGAUGCGCUGGAGGCUGCUAUGAAAAACGGGCUGUGGGGACAUGCACUGUUACUAGCCAGCAAGAUGGACAACAGAACACAUGCCCGGGUCAUGACCAGGUUUGCCAACAGCCUGCCGAUUAAUGACCCAUUACAGACCGUUUACCAACUCAUGUCAGGAAGAAUGCCUGCUGCUGCUACUUGUUGUGGAGAUGAGAAGUGGGGUGACUGGCGCCCCCAUCUGGCAAUGGUGCUGUCCAACCUCACACACACUCUGGAUCUAGACACACGGACCAUAUCAACCAUGGGGGAUACAUUAGCAUCUAAAGGUCUGGUUGACGCAGCGCAUUUCUGUUACCUGAUGGCUCAGGUGGGAUUUGGUGUUUUCACCAAGAAAAGCACAAAGAUGGUCCUGAUUGGCUCCAAUCACAGUUUGCCGUUUUUGAAGUUCUGUUCAACAGAGGCGAUUCAACGCACCGAAUCGUACGAGUAUUCUCAGUCUCUCUGCUCUCAGCCUCUCUCUCUACCCAACUUCCAGGUGUUCAAGUUCAUCUACGCGUGUCGAUUGGCAGAGUCGGGACUUUGCGCACAAGCCUUCCAUUACUGUGAGGUCAUCUCACGUGCUCUCUUGAGAGUACCUGAGUACUACUCAUCUGUGUUCAUCAGUCAGCUCAUACAGAUGUCUGUCAGGUUGAGGUUUUUUGACCCACAGUUGAAGGAGAGGCCCGAGCAGGAGAUGUUUAUAGAGCCCGAUUGGUUAAUCUAUCUCAGACAACUUGAUGGACAGAUCAAGGAAGGUGUUAUAGCUUUCAGAGCAGAUCGCGGUACACCACAGCUGUACGGCUGUAGUACUCCCACUUCCGAGGACCAGUGCAGCCCACCUGACGCCUCGCAUCUGACCUCUGAUCCUCACAAUCCACUCAUGACCACUCUUGUGCCCUCAGCAGGUGUGCAGCUCGUGCCACCAGCCCCUCCCACUAUUCUCCAUGAAGGGGCGGUCACUCUGCCACAGACCCUGCCUCCUGCUGAAAGCGUUCCAUUUUACCCCGUGGCCCCACAGCCAAACUUUGUGGCACCGUACCAGCCUGAAACACAUGAGCAAUACACACCUAUGCCACCUCAAAUUCCUUCACAACGGCCCCCGCAAACACCCACCUACAACCCCACAGAAAUGCCUCCACAGAUGCCCACUGGAAUGCCCCCUCAGAUGUCCCCAACAAUGCCUGUGGCACAAACUGUUAUGGCCCCUUCCUCACCUCAGCAGUUCCCUCAGUCUGUUCAGACAUUCCCUCCUCCUCAGGGGAAGGACUUCUAUGAUGAGAUGGCAGGCAUGGGCAUGGGCAGAAGACCUAGAACCACUUCACAGUCGUCAGCGAACAUGAAUUCAGGUCAUCGGUCUCGCACCACGUCAGAGUCGUCCAAUUAUUCAGGGCGAGAGCGCAGCAGUUCAGUAGUGCUUAAUACGUUUCCACCUCCCCAACCCAUCCCAGAAGCCCCACCUCAGGAAGAACCCAAGAAGACCAAGAAAGACUCUCCCAGGAAGCAGGGUGGCGGCGGCGGCGGCAGUUGGCUGACCUGGUUGUAUCCAAAGCGAAAGAAUGAAGCUCAUCUACCAGACGACAAGAACAAAUCUAUUGUUUGGGAUGAAAAGAAGAAGAAAUGGGUCAAUCUGGAAGAACCAGAGGAAGAGAGUAAACCUCCACCCCCUCCACCUACCAGCUUUCCCAAAGUUCCAAUGGGCAGUCCAGGGGCGGGUCCUCCUGCAAUGGGUGGUCCAGGGGCAGGUCCUCCUGCAAUGGGUGGUCCAGGGGCGAGGCCACCUGUGAAUAUGUUCUCUAGAAGAGCAGGCACUAAGAGUCGCUAUGUGGACGUGUUGAAUCCUGGUCGUGGAGGCUCUAAACCUGCCGCUGCAGUACGGCCCCCUGCUGACCUGUUUGCUCCUCUCGCACCCAUGGCAAUGCCAGCCAACCUCUUUACACCUGCUGCAGCUAUAGAUGAGCAGCAGCCAAUGGAAGGAAGUGUUCCAGACGCCAGUGGGGAAAAUACAGAGCAGACUGGUGCCACUGUACCACAGAUGUUUAAUCCGAACGCUUUGCCUCCCGGUCCAGAGGGAACCCAAUCAGGAGAGCUGUCUCGUUCUAGCUCAAUGAGUUCUCUGUCUCGAGAAGUGAGUCAGCACUUAAAUCAGGUUCCCAGUCAGCCGCCAGCGCAAGGAGCUCCGCCUACAGGGGGCGUGACAUUUUAUAACCCCUCCCAAUUUGCACAGUCUGUUCCUCAAAGUCAUGCUCGACAAGGUCGGUUGGGACAGAGAGAGUACCCCACACUGAAGUAACGUCAUUGCUGUAUUUCUAGAUCAAUUGAUCAAAUUCUAGACCAGAUCAGACUGAAGUUUGGUUUCUGCCUGGACUCCUAGAAGAACUGGCAUCUGGCUCUCAGCCUUCCAAAUAACACUGUCAUAGCCGUCGCUGACAUGAUCAUCAUUUACCCAUAUGGGCAGACAUUCGAGUGGACGGAUCUGGUCCAAACAGACCCUCUAGACUUAUUGUACCCAUUGCGAUCUACCCAUUGUGAUGUUUACAUGGACCAGACGACGCUUCCUCCACAUGAGCAGUGUGAACACAAGUGCAAUAUUGCGAAUUAGCCCCAUGGAGUUUUUCUUAGUAUAGUCUACUCAUUUCUGCAGGGUCUAUGUGCGUGAGUGUGUAUGAACGCGUGAAUGGGGAGGAAAUGUGGGCGUGUCUUGUUGACGGAAGGCAGCCAGUGCAUGUGUCAUUGAGGGCGGUCUGGCCUGUUGUCAUGGGAACAGCGCAACGUACCAGAAUGUUUUAGAUAUUUAUUAAACUUCCUGUCAAGAAGAAAUGGUCGAAAAUGACUAGACGUCAAUGGACAGGAUCUGUAUAUCGCAAUGAUUUUGUGCGAGCAUAUUCAUUAUGUGCGAAGCAAGCCAAUCUCUUAUGUCUACUUUCUGAUGGAGUCUCUAAUUAUGCCAGUUGCGAAUAAUCAUGUAUUAUAUAUGAUUUGCCAAAUACUGUGAUCAUUUGCGUGUUGGCGGGUUUUGCUCAUAAAAUAUCAUUUAUUAUUUUCCUAUUAUAUUGGGGUCCUAUUUCCAUGGCAACAGCGGGGUUUUGUAAUUCUAAAGGACGGCUCUGUUUGAAAGAAACUUGGAUUUUUCCAGUGUGUUUAGAAAUUGACUGUACAAUUCUUGAUAAGUGAUAAUAAAGAUAUU